GUUUGGGUCCAGGGUAUGAGUGAAAGUAGACUUGUCCCAACAGCAAGACGAUAUACUGUGGACACAGCCUGCCAACUUCAAUUGGUAACCCUAACUGAAGCAGUAAAUUCAGGAAGAUCGCGACUGUGCCAGCCACCUGGGCCAGAGAAGACCUGAGAUCAAAAAAAAAGAAUCUACAGGAACAGGUUUGCUCAGGCCUUGUGGGGAGCGAAGCACAGGGCAGAGACAGUUGAUCUUAAGAGUCACUGGUUCCAGCACUUCGGAGGUCCAAAUCCGGGUCCACAUCCUCUGCCCCACUGCAGCUCUCCAGCCCUUCCCAACAACACCGGGGAACCCAGGAGAGCACAGCACAGCAGCAGGCACCCAGAGAGCCAUGAACCCAGGCACCAGCACCGGGUCUUUCUGGAACACUGAAGGCCAAGGGGACCCCGCAGAAGCAGCUGCUGGGCAUGCAUUCUGUGACAACACCACCAACGAAACUGCAAAUUUGACCAAGAAAAAACAUAAGCAGAAGAGGCAGAGGAGCAGAUCUUCGUCGCUGGCCGAAAGGAAUAUUGUGGGCUGCAGAAUCUCGCAUAAGUGGAAGGAAGAAAAUGGGCUCAUCACCCAUUGGAGAGGAACGGUUCUGGAUCGUGUCGCCUUAAAUCCCUCUCUCUAUUUGUUGAAAUAUGACGGUAUAGAUGCUGUCUAUGCAUUGGAACUUCACCAAGAUGAAAGAGUGCUGGCCCUUAAAGUCCUCUCUGAAACAGUAAAACCAUCCCCAGUUCCUGAUCCCAACCUUGCUAAUGCCAUAAUUGGCAAAGUGGUGGAGCACAUAUUUGAGGGUGAGCAGGGCUCAAAAGAUCAAUGGAGAGGGAUGGUUCUGGCACAAGCGCCUAUUCUUAAUAGCUUCUUUUACAUUACCUAUACGAAUGAUCCCAUCUUAUACAUGUAUGAGCUUCUGGAUGAUUAUAAAGAGGGCAACCUUCGUAUCCUGCCAGAUUACAAUGAGAUUCCUCCACAAGAUGUAGACCAGAAAUUUGUGGAUGGUCUGAUAGGAAAACAUAUUGAAUAUACCAAUGAUGAUGGAACAAAAAGAGAGGGCAAAAUGAUUGGCAAAGUACAAGCCCGACCAUCGGUGUAUUUUAUCAAAUUUGAUGAUGAUUGUCAUAUUAAUGUCUAUGAUUUUGCGGAAAAUUUCUAAUUGGCAAAGUUAUGCCAC